AUUGGUAGACGCUGUAACUCGGUCGAUCCCAAGUUUAUUCGCUGGUCCAAUUAGUACUGGAUGAUUUAGAAUGACAUAGUUCAACUUUUUGACAUCUUCAAAAACCGAUCACAAAAAUGAAAAGGGUAUUGCUUAUCGCGGCUGCACUUUUAUGCGCUUGCUUUACUUCUGUACAAGCUCAAGAAAUGGAACGCGUUUGUGUUCCAGGCGUUGCCAAGCACAAUGUCACGCUGACCAAAGGUGUAGGUGCGGGCUCAUAUCAUCGAAUUGGAAAAGUGGCAAGCAUACAGGAAUGUAUUCGUAAAAUUUGCGACAAAGGAGAUGGAGACGUCGCUUAUUUACUGAACAGUUUCUGUUACUCCAUCAACUGUUAUGAUGUUAACUCCUGUGAAUCCUCCUCACUUCCAUUCGCWCAAGACCUCCGCUCAAUUCUGGUUGACAUAGGGUGGAAAGACGUUCCCUUGACAACCACGAACAGCCCCAUGCCCACCAUGGAACCUGCAGUUCCUCCGACCAAGCCAGGGCCUCCAGUAGGACCAGAUGGUAAAGUGGCACUUUCAACUGAACAACGUUUAUUGCAAGACAUUAUCUACGACUCCAUGUACGACCGCGAGGUCCGACCGGUCAAAAGUCACGAGGACCAGUUACAAGUGUUUUUCCAGCUGAAGCUGGUACAAAUAGUGGAUAUCUCAGAAAAAGARGAAUCACUUCGUGUAAACGUCUGGACGACACAGCAAUGGAAAGAUCCAUUCUUAAUGUGGGAUCCUAAGAAAUAUGACGGCAUCGAUACGAUCAACGUGGAGCCGAGUAAUAUUUGGUUGCCAAUUGUUAUCCUAUACAACAACGCGGCGAGUAGUUUCUCAGGAGGAAUGGAGAAGUACAAAACUAAAGUUGUGAUUGACAAUACUGGYACKGUUAAAUGGUACGCUGCCACUCAGUUCCUGGCUUCCUGUAAACUCAACAUUCGGUACUUUCCAUUUGACGAACAAUAUUGCUACAUGACAUUCGGUUCAUGGACGUUCAGUACCAAGCACAUGGAUAUGAAGACUUCACAAGUACAGGCUGACAUGUCUUCGUACAUGCAGAAUGGCGAAUGGGAAAUAGUCAAUGUUCCUGUCAAAGAAAACAAAGUUCAGUAUCCAUGCUGCGAGGAUACCUACUCGGACAUAACAUACACAAUCCACAUCAAAAGAAAAGUGGAAUACUACGUGUUYAAYUUAAUCAUUCCWUCGAUGAUGAUUGUGGUUUUUGCGUUGGUAGGGUUUUGUCUUCCACCMGAGUCAGGCGAGCGAAUAGCUCUCAACAUMACUGUGAUGUUAUCKAUGACWGURUUYYUAAACAUUGCAUCCAACACACUUCCGGCAACGUCAGAUAAYAUUCCCUUAUUAGGGUAUUUYUAYUUUUUGAUUAUGAUUGAACUAUGCUCAGCUAUCGUCGUCACUACUAUUGUCCUGCGGUUUUACUACUUUGGUCAUGUGCGAAUGCCCGAAAAGCUUCGUAUUGUCAUCAAUGAAUGGAUCGCAUCGAUGCUGUUCUUCUUCAUAACCACUAAACCCAAAGAUAAAGGGAUUUAUCAAUGUCUUGCUGCUGARCAGCCCGCUGAAAGAACAUGUCGCUGGCUCAUGGCGCAGAAUCCAGUGACGUCACAGUCGUAUGUUGUGCAGCCGGAAGAGAACCACGUGAACCAUGUSGAGAGAGUGUCWCUACUGGAGUACACRCCUACUGCUAAACGAAAUGUUCAAAUUGCAAAGCCGCCUCCCCCGAGACAAACGUCCCUAACGAAGGCACGCAGUGAGCCCGCAAUCAACUCCUUGGGUGUGGCCACYGAUGCUCGCACGAARGUCCAUCACAGGAGAAAAUCAAUGUCGGCAAAACCCCGACAAAAUAUCAACAAUAUCUUGCAAAGGAAAAUAGUCGAAGGYCUGGAUGUGCUGACGAGCCGAGUGGCCGAGGAAGGGGAGAAAGACGAGUGUAUUCUUGAAUGGCAAUUCGCAGCAACAGUUCUUGAUCGACUGUGUUUUGURAUCUUCUUCAUAACCAUGUGUAUUCCAUUGUUGUACUUUUUCUAUUCUUCGCCGGAGAAGCAGCCUCCUCUUAUGCAAGGAGGACGAUGAAAAGUCUAUUUCGUCAUUGGAAGAAAUUUUACCCUCAAUUUGAGAUCGAGGCUGUUAGUGUGUUUUUUGUUUUGUUUACUUCAACAAUGGAAAAAGACCUGCUUAAUUAAGUGAACUGUUGUAAUACUCAAAGUAUUCCACAUACAGUAUGCUAUAACAUCGCAAAGUUUGGUAGGACAAAAAGUAGCUUUUUUCUGACAAGAGAGCUAGGGACACUCAGGACCUCACACCACUUAGCCUGCUGUUGCUCUAAAAUGUCAAACCAUUUGGAAAUAAAACUUUUCUCCCUUUUAAAUCACAAAUCUUCAGCACCCUUCAUCUACCGCAAGUGGUAGUCUAAAAGAUUAUUACAUGAUGUAACAUGAUUGGCUGGAGCUUAAAAGUGUCAUGGAAACCAAGAAAAAAAGGAAUCACUAGUACCAAUCAUAUCAGCCCUUCGUUCUGUUUUCAGGACAAGGGUUAUUUUUAGUUUGUUACCAGGACCACGCGGCAACUACCCGAUCAUCGGCUAGUUUUUAAGGUGCCAAAGGUGAUAUGUCGAAUAUUGUUCUUGAAAAGUUUAGAAAUUUACUUUUAAGAAAGAGACAUCUAAAAGUAGAAACUUGAUGGACACCAUGGGCACAUACAGAUACAGGAAUGGCUUUUAAUCAACAAUACUGGUCUUUUUAGCUACUGCUUGCUUCGGAUCUUUCUCUAAWCAACAUUGAUUCCCUUAGUAAAUUGCAAGAUCACGUACUGGACCAAUGGCAAUGGAGCCAUAAAACGAAGAAAGGAAACUUAAUUCCGCAAAGAAACAAUCUGGCCGGCAAGGAAAGCCACUGUUUGUAAUACCUUUAGCAAAUAAAUAAAUUAAACUGUU